ACGACAAGGGAGAUCAUCACACACGAAAACAAAUGUGAAAACGGGUUUACAAUUCUUUCAAAAGAGGACAUUCGUAAACGGACUGUAUUGAAGCCCUCGUAAUCUAUUAACAUUUUUAGUAAUUCAACCAUUGCGAUCCUCUUUGCUUUGACCCUUUAUUGACUAGUCUACUACAAGGGGCCACCCACUGUGUAGUGAGGAGUGGUACGUAGUGUAGUUUGAGUUCAGUAGUUUGGCAUCUAACAGUAACUGUACUGUGUUAGUGUAAAGUAAACUGUAACUGUGUUAGAGUUAGAACUGUAGGCACUGAAACUGCAGUAAGAAACUAAUCACCGUUAAAUCACUAAAUCACUUAGACUUAGUUGGCUUAGGCUUAGGCCUAGAAACGACUUAUCAGCUAGGUCUAGGCCAACUACUAUUUUGAGUAGGACUUAUUUAUAUAUAAUAUAUAAUCUAAUUAAUUAUUAAUGAGUUUCUAAAUUAAUUCAUUUAUAUUAAAAUUUAAAAUAAAUACUGUUUAACACUGUUUAAUUUACCAAUUUUCAAUUAUAUUAUUUACUUAUACUUAUAUAACUAAGACUAAGUUCUUACUCAGUGUAAGUAUGUAAUAGGCUAUAACAAUAGGCAUAUGACAUUUGGGUGGGGGUGUAAUAAUAAAAUUCAUUAAAAGAAUAAUUUUAGCAAUCAUCAUAUUUUCAAUGAAAAAAUUAAAACUUUCGUGAUUGUCUUGGAUUUAAGUUAACAUUAACAGUUUACAGAACUUACGGCCGGGGAACUCGCACUGUUGCAAAUAACUUACUGAUACUGACUAAGUGUAAGUAGUUAAGUAGCAACUUACAAGUUAACUAUGAAAGAAAGCUAGACUUACACUUAAACUAAAGUUACAGAGUAAGAGUAAGCUAACAACUAAAACUAACUCUAACAGUUUAUUUUUUUAAAUUUUUAGUUUCAUUUUCAUCAUACAACAUAAUUACAUUAUUUUUUAGCCUGCCUACUGACAUUCGAGCUGAGCUUGAUCGUCUUGAUGCCCCUCCCCUUGAAUUGCCUCCUUUCCCUUGUCUUACUUCCCAUUUUAAUAUUUUUAAACCUGUUUCAGAACUUGAGGUAAAAAAUAUAAUCCUAAAAUCUAAACAUACGUCAUGUUAUUUGGAUCCCAUCCCAACCCCCCUGUUGGUUGAGUCAUUAGAUAUCUUGCUCCCAACAAUAACCCGCAUAAUAAAUGAAAGCUUAUAUUCUGGCACUGUUCCGCCUCUUUGCAAAUCAGCUGUCAUCAAACCAUUGCUUAAGAAGCCCGGUCUGGAUGAAAAUAAUUUAAAAAACUAUAGACCUGUAUCUAACUUAUCAUUUUUAUCUAAAGUUAUUGAAAAACUAGUCCUAAAACAACUUUUUGCUUACUUAAAUGAUCACUCUCUUCUCAGUUCUAAUCAGUCGGCCUAUAGACAUUUCCAUAGCACGGAGACAGCUCUCUUGAGAGUCAGUAAUGACCUCUUGCGCGCAAUGGACAGCGGUAAUGUCUCCAUUUUGAUCCUCUUAGACCUCAGUGCGGCCUUUGACACUGUUGACCAUGAAAUCCUUUUCAAAACCCUUGAAAACUACUUUGGAAUUUCUGGUUCGGUUUUGGCUUGGUUUAGGUCCUACCUCUCUGAUAGAACGCAAAUGGUCUCUGUCGAUGGCUGUCUCUCCGGCAGUGCUGAUUUGGUGUACGGAGUGCCACAGGGGUCCGUUUUGGGUCCGGUUCUAUUCAUAAUGUAUACCAGGCCACUACUCCUCUUGCUCGGGAGGCAUGCUGUUGAGAACCAGUCAUUUGCAGAUGAUACACAGCUAUACAUGCAUACCCAUCCAUCUCUUGUCGAUUCCGCUGUCCAGACUUUGCGGGGGUGCAUUGAUGAUGUCAAGUCUUGGAUGACACUCAGCAAGUUGAAGCUUAAUGAUGACAAAACAGAAGCACUCCUCAUUUACAAUCACAAAUCAUCCUCUACCUCAACUCUUCCCACCUCAUUUCAAGUAGGUAACUCCGACAUACAGUUUACACCCUCUGCUAGGAAUCUUGGUUAUAUUCUUUCUAACAACAUGUCUCUCGAUAAACAUAUCUCUCACAUUUGUCGUUCGGCAUACACCGCCAUCCGUCAGAUCAGCUCCAUCCGCCACUACCUGACAGUUAGCGCAACAAAAACUCUAGUCUGUGCUCUUGUUCUCUCUCGUCUUGACUAUUGCAACUCACUUCUGUCAGGUUCACCGAAACAUUUUAUAGAAAAACUGCAGAAAGUUCAAAACUCUGCUGCUAGGCUUGUUCUUAAGGCAAAAAAACAUGAUCACGUCACUCCACUACUCCACUCACUACAUUGGCUCCCUAUACAGGCACGCAUUGACUACAAGCUGUCUCUUCUCUGUCACAACUUUUUCUCGGAUUCCUGCCCUUCCUAUCUAACUGAACUUCUUUCUGUCUAUUCACCCCUUCGACAACUUCGCUCCUCCGCAGACUCGCGUAUUCUGUCCGUUCCCAAGACACGCACUAAAUUAUAUGGUGAACGAUCUUUCUCUUUCUGCGCCCCCAAACAAUGGAAUUCUUUGCCACUACACAUCCGCAAUAUAACAACCACACAGGCCUUCAAAACUGCACUCAAAACACAUCUAUUUAAACUAUACUACUCUGACUGAUUCUCCUCCUAUAAACCGAUAAACGUACAUGGGUUUCCUUGUAAAAAUGUCUGGUGUGGGUGGAUGAAUAUACCUAUGGUGUUGUUUUGCUUAUAUGUUGUUUUUAUUUCAUUUAUGUAUUUUAUUUUUAUAUUAUGAUUAUGCCUCUUUGCUAUAUAUGUACAGCGCGGUGAGCCCAGCCCUAGGCCGGGGUACCGCGCUAUAUAAGACCACUUAUUAUUAUUAUUAUUAUUAUUAAUAGCAGUAGUAGAACUACAAGUAAUGAAUAGUAAAUAUUGCAGCUGUAGGGGUAGGCUUAGUUAGCAAGGCCUAGCCUACUCUGUUCAUAACUAAAACUGUGUCAAGUAAAAUCAAUCUCAUGUAAUUUGUAAUGUUACUUAGUUAGUACCAGGGUUGAAAUAUUUCAAGUAACCAAUUUAAAUCAUUGCUUAAAUCGGACCAAUAAAAAUGAUUUAAUUUAUAAUUAUUUUUUAUUGAUUAUAAUAAUACAAAUAUUUCAUUUAAGUAUUAUUGUUCUAGACAAGAGUGCCAUGGGGUAAAUAUAUUUAUAUUUAAAGGCACUGGCUAAAAAAAAACUUCUGUAUGUUUUUAUAUAUUAUAUUAUUAGUUUUGAAAUUCCAAUUCUUAUAGAGUAAUUGAAAGGGACUAUACAUUCUACUAUAUAUAUUAUAUAGACUAUGACUAUCAUUAAUAAUAAUAGGCCUACAAGAUUAUAAGUUUUUAAAACUUUUUUUAAAUUGAAUUUUGUUAUAUUUCAUUAUCAUUUUUGAUUAAUAUAAAAAUAAAAAAUUUCAAUUUUGAAAAAAAAAAAAAAAUUAAAAAAAAAAAAUGGAUUAAUUUUUCUCAUAUUAUUUUAUUUAAAUUUAAAUCAGUAUGUUAAUUUAGAUCCAAAAAAUCAAUUUAAAUACUAUUAACUACAUUAUAUUUUAAUCUUUAUAAAAGUAAUAUACUUCAAAAUAGAACGAAAUAUUUAAAAAAACAAAUCUGCUUUUAAUUUAAUAAAAUUUGAUUUUUGUCAAUCCUGGUUGGUAAUAGAGGUAGUUUUGUAGCAGUAGUCUUAAGUAUAAAGGAAAAAAAACAACAUGGCUCAGAUUUGGCAUUUGAUGCAAAGAAUUACCUCAAUAAAUUUAAAAAAAAAUUAUAUUACUACGGUACUGAAAUGAAUUUAAUUUAACAAUUAGCCCUCAUCAUUUAUAGACACAUAAAAUCCCUACUUUUUUUAAUACGUAAUGUAUUGAUACAAGUUUUAUUGACUCAGUGCAAGUGAUUAUUGUCAUAAGAAACUUCAUUGUGAUUCAACUCAUUGGACUUUUAAAUUUAGUUUACUAAGGCCAUUGAGUUCUUAUAAUUUGGACUCAAAAUAGUUAUGUAGUGUAGAUAAAGUGCUGGGAACCACUUGGUGUUUCAUUGACCCCUUUGCCAGUGAGAUCAAGGACAUGGACCCUUAAGACCCCCUGGCCUAGUGUAUAAAUUAUCUAAAAGCCUAAAGUGUACAAUCAACUUAUAUUCUUUGUAGUGACUUUUAUUAUUUCCAAUGACAUGAUUUGAUAAUUGAAAGCGAAAUUUAUAUUUAAUAUGUGUGUGCUGGCUUGACACAUCAUUUGCACAAAUUACCGCAAACAUUUGCGUUUGGCUUAAAGCCUUUAUCGGCAUACAGGAAGACCAAAUGAAAAAGUGGAUGAAUUGAUAGGAUAGGAAAUAUCAUCUAAAUAUAUGGAAGAAAAAAACUUGUAGAAAGUUGUCCUUAAAAUGAAAGUGUAGUUGGUUUAAGAUUAGCAAAAAGAAGUCAGUAUUGGUUAGAUAUUUUGAGAAGAUUUACCUGAUAGCAGUCCCUAUAACCCCCCUUCCCCCAAAACUCUGUUUUACCCUCAAUAUAAUAUUAUUGGAUAUUAAUAAAUUAUAUUUAAAAAAAUAGGUCACAAUAUAAAUAUGAGAUAAGAGGGCCAUGGGGUAAAAUGGUUCACUGGAAAUAUGAAAUCAUUUAGAUUAUAAAAAUCUGUCUUAUGAUUUCAUCUACAGUACAGUUUGAAUCUCUAUCCUUGAUGCCUCCUCCUGAAAAAAUAAUAAUAUUUUCUUUCAUUUUCAGAAUAAGAAUGAUGUGAUGUCAAAUCUGUAAAGAAAAAAAAGUAGUUUUAAAUUAACAACAUGACUGUGCAGUACACGCUUUUUGUUAUCUUCAUAACACUUUUAUCAAUUAAGUAUGGCUUUGGUCAAACUCAAAGUAAAAUAGAUGAAAAUCAAAUGGGUAUGAGUGUCUUAUAUGACAUGGUCAACAUAUUUCUUGGUGAUGUUGUUCACACGGCUGAGUCAACUUCCUACAUAAGUGAGUAUAUCAAAUUUUGUUUAGAAACAUGUACCACAUUGGAAAUACUUUAGUUUCAUUUUACUUUUCUUUCCGCCUAUCAACUUUUGAAGUAAAUUCUGUGACGUUGAUUCUAUGUACCAGUAUUCUUCAAUAUUGAUUUUCAUGAUUUAGCCCUGCAUGUAUGUUACAUAGAAAUUAUGUUUGUGAACAUUUCAUUUCCCUUUGGCAAAGUUAUGUAGAUAAACUUUACUUCCUGGUUGCAGAAAUUAAAAUUGCUAUUGCAUUGUUUGGUUAGGAUCAAUUAAGUCAGAGAGUGUUUCGUUCUUGUCUUGUAUAUUUACGACCUUACUACUUGACAUAGUUAAUAGGUCCUGUGAAAUAAAAAAAUGUUUAGCUGCGGACCUACGUCGAUAAAGAGCAUCCCAACGCAUUAAAUUUGUAUCCUGCCUACCAGCUUGUGAUGGGUUUAACAGUUAACACAAUUCAUGUUGAUUGGGCCUGCCCCAGUGAAGAAAGUUGAAGUCUCAUAAAUGGUUUUGAAUCCAGCCUAUUUCUGUAACAAAUUUAAUUAAAAAAAAUUUUUUUUUUAAAAAGUAGAAAAUCCAGUUUCACCUGCAAAGGUAUAAGCAAAAGGUAGGAUUAAUAAAAUACCCCUGUGUUUGCUCGUCUUUGAGACUGCUCACACAUUUUACCAGGCCCUUUGGUAGCGUUAAUUGAAAUGAGGGUUUUGAAGAGUCUAUGCUAUUUUAAUAAAUAUUUAAUUUAUGCUAUUGGGUUAACUGCCUAUUUCAAAACAGUCGCUAGAUUUUGUCAGGUGCUGAUACAACUGUGCAUAGAUGUGUUUAGCUCAUACCAGACAUAAAUAUAUCUUUGUGACAUUAUUAGAGAUGUAAAAAUGGGAUAGACGUACAUCUAGUUAAAAGAAAUAGCUGCUACAUAUUAAUAUAAGGGAUAGAAACUGAACCAUUUUCAAAAACAGUAAUUCACACUAUAAUUAGGUGCAUAUAGCAAUUUACUCUGUAAUUAGGUGCAUACAAAAAUACACUCUCUAACUUGGUGCACACAGUAAAUACAUAAUAUGGAAUUUUUAUCUUUACUGCUACAGAUCUGACAGUAAUUAUUGAGGACAAGGAUAUAAGUUCAAUCAAAGAUUGGAAACCUGUGAGUACAACUCUUAAGCUUUUAUCAGCAUUAGAGUGAACAGUGUUGUAGCAGUGAUGACAACACAUUAUAGAUCUUUUAAGGAUAUUGGUGAUUCUCAGAUUAUUAUAAAGUCAAGCACUUGCAUUGCAAACCCCCCCCCCCCCUCAAAAUGCAAAAAUUAAAACUUUUAAAACUAAAAAAGUGAUGACAACACAUUAUAAAUCUUUUAAGGAUAUUGGUGAUUCUCAGAUUAUUAUAAAGUCAAGCACUUGCAUUGCAAACCCCCCCCCCCCUCAAUAUGCAAAAAUUAAAACUUUUAAAGCUAAAGAAAGGAUAUAAUAUCAAAUAUACAGACUGUGUGCAGGGAAGAAAUCAGCAGGUUCUUAAGAAAAUAAACAUGACUAUGUGUAUAGCUCAAUUAAUUCAUUUGAAAUGUAAAAGCAAUGUUGUGUCAUAAUUACAUACGCCAAGAUUUCAAUUCAAAUGUACAAGCAAUGUGAUGUUAGAAUUACAUAAGCCAAGAUUUCAAUUCAAAUAUACAAGCAAUGUGAUGUCAGAAUUAAAUAAGCCAAGAUUUCAAUUCAAAUGUACAAGCAAUGUGAUGUCAGAAUUAAAUAAGCCAAGAUUUCAAUUCAAAUGUACAAGCAAUGUGAUGUCAGAAUUACAUAAGCCAAGAUUUCAAUUCAAAUGUACAAGCAAUGUGAUGUCAGAAUUAAGCCAAGAUUUCAAUUCAAAUAAUCUGAUAUCUUGUGUAGAAUGAUCAUUACUUAGAUGUUAAAUUUUCUUUAACUUUCAUUUAUUUGUUCACUAAAUUUAUCCUUUAAGAAUGUUUUUUUCAGCUGCUGAAGUAUUUAAUAGGAUUUUCAGUAUGUGUGGCCAUAGGCAUUGUCUUCAUUGUUGUCAUGCCUAUAUCUGGACUUAUAUUUUGCUUUUGCCGUUGCUGUGGCCGCUGUGGUGGCAAACAAAAAUCAAAUGAAUCAAAGCAAAGCAAAUGCAAGAGAAGGGCUUUCUGCAGCAUAUUGUUGAUUUUAAACACAGUUGCUUUGUAAGUACAUAGUUAUGUAACAGCUUUAUCAAUAGCCUAAUCAAUAGUUAUUGGUUCAUUUGGAAUACUCAUUAAAGCUCUAAUGAAAUAUUCAACUUUGAUGCUAGUGAUUUCUGGAAACAGAAAAAGACAAGUGAAUUUAAAAACAAAAUGAUUAGCUUUUAGUUUUUCUUGCUCAGUAUUUACCAUUCUCUGACUUCUGCAUACAAUCUCGAAAUAUUUAAUUUUUGAAAAUCAAUGUCAUCUCCUUGUUUCUCUAGAGCUGGUGUUAUAUGUGCCUUUGUGUGCAAUAGUUUGUUGUACAAAAGCCUUCAGAAUGAGGAUGGACAGGGAUCAAUAGGACACAUCACUGGGGCCUUUAAAGGACUUGAAAGAUUUAUCAAUGAUUCUGUGUCUGUAAGUAAAAAAAAACAAAAAAAAACCCCCAAUUCUUUAUAUGAACAUGUCUAUUUAAACUUUUAAAAAUGUUCAGUGCUAAUAGUUUGGUUGAAUGAAAGAAGAAUGUAAUAGUUGACUAUAACUUUUGUUUGUUUACUGCAGAACGGUACCAAGUAUGUGACUUCUAAAUUUGAUGAGACAAGUCAACACAUAGUUAAAAGGGUUAAUGGUAAGUACAGUAGAACAACUUUGAUUCUCAACAUCAAAUUUAUUGGCAGUAGUUUUUUUGAAACAUGUGUCUCUUUUAUUAAUCUGAUUCCAAAUGCAUGGCAAGAAUGCUUACCCCAGUUGCAGAUGUAAAUUAGUACAUUGUCGGGGUCACAAAAUACAAGUGUGAAUAGCGAUAUGUAGUAGGUUUUCUGCUUUAUGAAAAUGAAUAAUAAUCAUGAACAAAUUAUGUUUAUUUAUCAUGAUUUUAUAAAGGCAUUGCUUUAAAAUCAUUAUUGAUGUCAGCUAUCAUACCUAGCUAGCACCCUGGACUCAUUUCUAAUUUGAUAGUAUUAUGUCUUUCUAUGUGUGAACUGACGGUUCUGAUUUUUUUGUUCCACAGACACCGGCACUGAAUCUGUUGAAGGUGUAUUGAGAGAGCUCAGGGCUCAAGCUUUGCUCGAUGAGGCCAACGAUAUCAGUAGAGGUCAGUCUUUGUCCCGAUUAUGACAUUCAAGAUGAUUAUGACAGAUUAAAGAUUGAAGUUAGGAUUCAUUUCAAAAAAGGCAGAUGAGAUAAUUGUCACUGUGUCAGGAUGAUUCAUAUUCUCCAAACUUUGUGAAUAAAGAAAACAACUGGCAGAGAUAACCUCCCAACAAAACUUGCUACUUGGCAGCUCACCCUGCUGUAAAAAGGGAGGGGGGGGGGGGCAUUUGACCUAUGGUACAUAAUAAUAAUAAGAUGAUAUAAAAAGAAGACGUUUAAUCGGUGUACAUUUCAUGCUGUUAAUGUUAAAUAAAAAUUUUUAUAAACAAAUGUAAGAAUAUGAAAACAACCUUUCAAAUGAAUAAAGAAAACAACUGGCAGAGAUAACCUCCCAACAAAACUUGCUACUUGGCAGCUCACCCUGCUGUAAAAAGGGAGGGGGGGUGGGGCAUUUGACCUAUGGUACAUAAUAAUAAUAAGAUGAUAUAAAAAGAAGACGUUUAAUCGGUGUACAUUUCAUGCUGUUAAUGUUAAAUAAAAAUUAUUAUGAACAAAUGUAAGAAUAUGAAAGCAACCUUUCAAACAUAAAACAUUUCUAGACAUCUUAGCUUAACCCAAAUAAAAAAGAAAAAUAAGACAAUUUAUUACUUUUGUGUUUGGUUAAUUUUUUUUUUUAAUAAAACAUUCAUAAUUGGUAUUAACUGUGUAUUACCAGAGGCUAAUGAAACUAGGGAUAAAUUGGAAGAUGUCAAGAUGCUACUUACAAAUCUGAGUAUGGAAGGUACUGAACUGAGCAACAACCUAACAGACAUCAGAGAUCAAAUAGCAAGCGCUUGUGCUAGCGGGUGUUCUGGUUUUAACGCUAGUCAAUACCAAACUCAAGCCAACUUUUCUUCUGUGAGUAUACAAUAUGACAGGUCAUUGAUUGCAUACGUUAAUUAGUGGAGACUCCUUUUUGCCUAAAGCUAGUAAUGUGCCAGAGAUGCCAUUGGGGUUGCAAUCUGUAGUUGAUUUGAAAGUCAUAAGUAGGCAACUGUAUCAUUCAACCUUUCAGUGUUGAUGAGGAAGAACACAAAAAAUCACCAAUGAACACCACCACCAUUGUCUAGCAGAGGUGAUCUCAGUGAACAAAAAUACUGAGCUUCAUAUAUUUUCUUGAAAUUUUCCUGUUUGUGAUAUGUAGUACUGGUGGUAUCGUACUCCUGUUCAAGACCAGUUAUAAUCUUCUAGGCCCCUCAUUAGCCUCAUAUUCACUUGAAAUCACUCACAAGAAAUCACUGCACCCACCUCUCACAAGAAAUCACUGCACCUCUCACAACAUGCCUCAUCAUUUAUAAUCUUCUACCCCUCCUGCAACUCUUUUUUUUUAAAUCAUGUAUAAUCUUCUUCCCCUCUUACAACAUUCCACUUUAAUUAUUCCUCUACACCUCUCACUAUGCAAAUCACUUGUUUUUAUGAACUACCAAUAUUAAAAUGUUUUAUUUCAGCUUGGCUUACUAACAGAGGAAGCAAAUAAAGUUCAGAAAUCUCUAGACAUGUCCAUCUAUAUCUCUGAGGUAAUUUAUUUGAAGCAGCUGCAUCCUUCCAAAAAAUUAGAAUACUUAAGCUGUCUCGGUAACACGUAUCUGGCAUAUUUAAGUCAUAUGGGUAACGCAUAACUGGCAAAUGUUCAGUUAGUUAUGAUUGAAUUGUUAACAUUAAUAUUUUUAUUAUUUAUAUCCUCAGGCUAAGAAACAACUUGAUAGUGCCAAAGCUGAUGCAUAUAACCAAGUUAAAAAAACUAGUGAAGGUAAAUCUGAUUAUUGCAUUAAAUACAGUUUGUUUGCAGCUUGUGGUGGCAUUUCUCUGUUCAACCCCCCCUGCCACCCAUAAUUGUUUGAUUCAGUUCAGCCUGGGCUCAUUUCUCUUUUCGAUCCCCUUUGCCACCCAUCAUUGUUUGAUUCAGUACAGCUUGCGGUGGCAUUUCUCUGUUCAACCCCCUUGCCAUCCAUCGUUUGAUUCAGUGCAGCUUGUGGUGGCAUUUCUCUGUUCAACCCCCUUCCACCCAUCAUAUCUUCUUAAUUGGAUUGAUUUAGAAAAGGAAAUAUAAAUUAAAGGACUGCUUUCAAGCUUAGUAAAUGAAUGAAAUAGCAAAACGACAGGCGACACGAAUGGAUACUUCUUGAGUUGUCUACUGUGCUCUGUUCUUUGUUAUAUUUUCAUUUCUACUGUUGGCUGAGGAAGGCUUUAUGCCGAAACGUCCUUGUUUUUUGUCCUGUUAUCUUAUUUCAAGCUUCCACAUACCUCGUUUUGCUAUUUCAUUCAUUUAGAAAAGGAAAGUGUAUUCAAAGGUUUAAACAACAGUUUAACCAACCAUUAUAACGAUAGCUUGUUUUUGAGGAUGGACAGACAUACAUUAUAUUUGAAUUCAUAUUAUUUCAUGACAUUCAAAACAUGUAGAAUUCUUCAAAAUCUCAACUUCUGGAAUAGGUCAAAGCUUUGAUAGCAUGCUCUCCGUUUUACCACUCCACAUUGUGCAUGCCCAAAUUGCUGGACAUCAAAAGGGAUUAAUUUAGAUUAAAUGAUUAUUUGGUACAAUGGCAUCAAUAAUUUAGCUAUUUUUAAUAAUAAUUUUGUAUGGCUAGACCCUUUUCUAAUCUAUUAUAUAAGCCCAUUAGAGAAAAACUAACAUGUCCAUUAAUAUGGCAUGGUGUGGUAUAUAUUAAUGGCGUGGAUGUCAACAAUGCAUGUCCCUUACAAAUGGCAUGGAUCUCUGCAUAACAUCUCCCCUUACAAAUGGCAUUGGAUAUCUACAAAAACAAGUCCCCUUAAAAAUGGAAUUGGAUAUCUACGAAACAUGCCUCCUUUCAAAUGGCAUGGAGGUCUACAAUAGAUGUCCCUUUGCAAAUGGCAUGGAUCUCUUCUUAACAUCUCCCCUUACAAAUGGCAUGGAUCUCUACAAUACACGUCCCUAUAAUUGGCAUGGAUGUCUACACAUGAAAAUGAACAUCUACUAAGAAAAUGAGCCACUGUAACUUUAUUUAUACUGACUUUUCUCAGAGGCUGCAGACGCCAUAACCAAAGUAAAAAAGUCAAUUGAUGAUGGGAUGAAUGAGCUCAUUACUGAAAAAGAUAAACUUGUAAGUUUUUUGGAUGUUUUAUCUUAUAGAGAAAAUGCUUCAUUUACAGAUAGAAAAUUAAGGUCUUUGUGACCACUUGAUGCUGAAAAAUAGACUUACUUGUACAACACUUGUUAUUGAAUGUGUCUCAUUUUUUCAUUAAUUGUUUACAUUUCUUUACAGUUGAAAUAUGUGCCAUCCUAUUAUGACACCUUAAAUGAUGUUGAUAAAUAUGCUAGGGAUUAUAGCAGAUAUGCGUAAGUAGCAAGAUUAUGAAAUAAACGAUUAUAGAAGGUAUGUGUUAGUAGCAAGAUUAUUGAAUAAACAAUGAUUAUAGCAUCACAAUAUGUAAAUAAACAAAGAUGAUUUCAGAAUGUACAUUCAAGUAUCAAUAUUUAUAAGUAAAUGAUUAUAGGAGAAAUGUUGUUCAUCCUAAUGAAAAUAAGGUUAGAAGUUUAGAGCUACUUGAAUGAUUGAGCAGCUGACAAUAAUUAAAUGUAUUGACAGAUAUUAUGCUGGUAUAGGCAUCUGUUGUGCCUACCUUCUGAUUGUGGCCCUCUAUUACUUUGGUAUUCUAUUUGGUUUGUGUGGAGAGCGCCCUGGAGAUGAUGCCCCGUGCUGCAACACCGGGACAGGCUCAAAUUUUCUCAUGGCGUGAGUAUCAGCAGUUUCCCGGCUGGUGAAUAUGUGCAUGCUUCAAGAUAGGAUGUGUGCAAGAGAAUCUUCUUUAAGUCCAUAUCUAUAAGUAGUCCAUAAUCUAUAAGUAGUCCAAAAUCUAUAAGUAGUCCAUAAUGUAUAAGUAGUCCAUAAUGUAUAAGUAUUGAGUGUUAAUAGUGUCUUUACACACAUAAACAAAAAAAAAAAAAAAAAAGACUGGUGUGAAAACUUUCCUGACUUAUGUUAGCGAAAUACAAAAUUGGGGGUCAAUAUAGCUUGAGAUUGGCCUUUAGUAUAACACCCCCACCCCCCCAAAGUUGAUAUCGCCCCAAAGUUGAUAUGGCCCCAAAGUUGAUAUCGCCCCAAAGUUGAUAUCGCCCCUAAGCUAAUAGUUGUCCCUUGAAACAAGUUUUAAAUUCGGCGGGUGAACUCACCCCAGACAGGCCUUGUUUAAUCUGAACUUUGCAAUAGAUGGAGAAAUGCUUGCAAAUCAAGUCAAGGACUAUCUCAAGAAUCAACAAAAUACUGACUCAAAGUGCACAUCACAUGACCAAAAACACACAUUUUUGCUUUGUAUACUUUUUUAACAUACAGUAGCAGUGGACGGAACAAAAAUAUUUUGUUCAGUUUUUCAACACUGUGUUGAUGUUUUUUGUAUGUCCCCGUAAGUGUGUAGUUUUGUGUGUUGCCAAUACUUUUGUCUUUCAGCUGAAAAAUUGAAGUGCGUAGCUUGGAGGUAAGGCAGGUUCAUAGUUUGCCUUUAAAGAAAAGAGCAGCAACCAAGUAAUAUGGAGGUUGUUUCCCUUUCUGUCAUCUUUAAGUAUUUUAGUGAACAUCUUUUUUCUCUUCAAUUUCAGUGGCGUGGGCUUCACCUUCAUCUUCUCCUGGAUUUUGAUGAUUGUCUGCACGGUGCUGUUUGCUGUUGGAGGACCUGUCUAUACAGAAGGCUGCAAAUAUUUUGAAAAUCAUCAGCCUUCUAGACUAAAGGUUGUGCGACGACUCGUCUUAUAAUCUAGUGUCAGGGCAAUGUUUGUGUUGUCUUCUAAACUAGGUGAUAAGACAGAGUUUGCAUUGUAUAUUGUGAUAGGAUAGUGUUUGUGUUGUACGCUAUGAUAGGAUAGUGUUUGUGUUGUACACUAUGAUAGGAUAGUGUUUGUGUUGUACACUAUGAUAGGAUAGUGUUUGUGUUGUACACUAUGAUAGGAUAGUGUUUGUGUUGUACGCUAUGAUAGGAUAGUGUUUGUGUUGUACGCUAUGAUAGGAUAGUGUUUGUGUUGUACGCUAUGAUAGAAUAGUGUUUGUCUUGUCAUCUUAUCUUGUGAUAAGACAGAGUUUGAAUUGUAUAUUGUGAUAGGAUAGUGUUUGUGUUGUAUACUAUGAUAGGACAGUGUUUGUGUUGUAUACUAUGAUAGGACAGUGUUUGUGUUGUCAUCUAAUAUAGUGAUAGAACAGAAUUUGUGUUGUAUACUAUGAUAGGAUAGUGUUUGUGCUGUCAUCUUAUCUAGUGAUAGGACAGAGUUUGUGCUGUCAUCUUAUCUAGUGAUAGGACAGUGUUUGCGCUGUCUUUAAACUAGUUAUAAGAAAAGGUUUGGUUUGGCUGCCUGACUCAUGUAACACCUAUCAUUUGUGUAUUCUAAGAUAUGAAGAAAUUUAGUUAUUGCUUAUUUUAUACUGUUUAGUACUUACUAUUAGUGGGUAAUAAAUUAAUUGUUACUUUGACUAUUCCAACUUUCUACAGAUAUUUGAUGAUAGUUUGGUCAAUGGAUUGAAACUCAAAGAAAAGAUCUACACCAAGGGCGCCCCACCAAAUUUUUCAAUUGCAAAUAUUUUAGAGUAAGUUACCAACAGUAAAUACAACAAAUUUUAUAGAUUGAGUUACUACUAAUUACCACAAUUAUUACAUACUUAUGAACAGUUGAUAAGUUCACACCUUGAAUGUUGGUUUGCAUUAUGUAGCUUAGCUGGAUUAGUAGGAUAGCGUGUACAUGCUACAUUAUUGAGAUGGAUGAGCUGCAUAAAUUAUCCAUGUUAUGGCCAGGUUGCUACAAUGAAUUUGGCGAAUUUAUUUCCUGUCAUGUUAAAGCCAUUUUGUUAUUCUCUUCUGGGUUAAGUAUAGAAGGGCCAAAUUUCUUCUCUCCAACAAUAUGUAUUAUUUAGCAUAAAGGUGAGCAGUUUUAUAAACAGAUGAUGAGGAGAAGUGACUUUGUCUCACAUAGGAGGGAGGUGGUGUGGAUAGGAUUGAAAAAAAGAAUAUAAAUAUAUUGUUUUGUGCCUUUCAUUUAUCCAAAUAAUACAUAUUUUGUAUGGUGGUAACAAAAUUAAACAAAACAAUGUUCAUUUAUUAUCUUGUACCUUUUUUUACAGCAUCACAUUAAAAAAUGGAUUCUUUUCUCUCAUAGACAGUGUCAAAAGAAUGAAGCAAUUUACAAGGCCUUACAACUAGAUUAUUUGGUAGAUUUGGAUAGCAUUACUAACAUAACCGUAAGUUCUCUAACCCAAUAAGUUCUAAAAUGUUUUUGUUCAUGCCGUUGGCAACUCUGUUCCCAGCUUUCGUUCUCGCGUUCUUUUCCCCAUAAGACUUGGCCCGUUAGUCUUGCCUUUAUCUUCACUAGGUGUUCAAGAAUGAGAUUGACAAAUUGAAAGAGCUGUCGUUGAAUAUCCAGAACAUUACAAUCAUCAGCCCUGCCCUGAAGAAUGAUCUGCGCAACUUUACCUCGGCCCUGACAACGGUCAACUUUAAUCAGUACUUUGAUGAGGUCAGUAUACAUGAAACAUAGUAAAAUACUUAACCGAUGGUACACUAUGUACACGACCUCGGGGUGACUAUGCUUGUAAUAGUUACUUGAAGUAAAAGAAAAUUUAAUCAAAUAACUAAAAUUUCAUAUGUCCUUAAAAACCAGGUUAUCUCAUAAAUUAAUCCAGUGUCAUAUAUUUAAAAAAAAUUAUAAUAAGGAAUGAGUUCACUGAAAAGAAAUAUCUCUUUUAAGCAAACAAAAAAACAGAGAGAGAGAGGGUCAGAGAAAGUGAGAUAGGGACAGAGAUGAGAGAGAGAUUAAAAAUUCAAAUUUUUGAAUCAUUUCAUUGAAAGGACACAUUAAUAAACUAGAAUGCUGUUUGCUCUAAAUGAGACUGAUAUAGAUUUGAUCUUAAGUUAAGAUCCCAGCCGAAAUCCAGUAAUUUACCUAGUCUAAUAUACCAUAUUUAUUGGCGUAUAACACGCCCCCGUGUAUAACACGCACCUCAAAAACUGAACAUUAUAUUGGCAUAUAACACACACACAUCAUUUGCGCCCUAUUUUCAGGGAGAAAAAAGUGCGUGUUAUAUGCCAAUAAAUAUGGUAUUUAAAGAUUUUUCUAGAAAAAUUAUAAUUUAUUUAUAAAGUUUCUUUAUUUUGUACUGCAAAACUGUACAUCUACAAAUUUAAAUGCUGUGUCUGUAAAAAAAGGCCAAAUUGUCAAGGAUAUUUCCCUUCAUUCAUGGAUAUUUCCCUUCAGUCAUGGAUAUUUCCCUUCAGUCAUGGAUAUUUCCCUUCAGUCAUGGAUAUUUCCCUUCAUUCAUGGAUAUUUCCCUUCAGUCAUGGAUAUUUCCCUUCAGUUAUGGAUAUUACACAUUUAUGUUAUGGUCUCUAAAUGUGUAUGUCUCAAAAUACAGAAUACCUUUAAUUAAAUUGAAAUAAAACAUGAUUUAGUACAACUAUUACAACUGACCGGUAAUGUAAGUUUUUAAAUAAUGUGAAGUUAAGGUUAAAGUUAAACAGAACAGUUUAAAAUUUUGAAUUCAUUUUCUAAAUGUUUGAUGAAAGUUCCUGGUAAACAUUGUAUUUUGCUGCAUAAAUCACGUAAUUUUCAUUUGACAAUUUUAAGAAAGAUAAAAAAAAUAAUUUUGUGUAGCUUUGAUUUGGUACAUCUGAUUUUUAAACGUUGCAUUGUAAUGUUAUCACAAGUAUCAUAAGUCUUAGUAGUUGUAUUAAAAUCAGGAAAAUUUUGCACCUAGUCAUUCAUCUGUGGUGAAUUCAUAAAAAAAAAAAUUAACAUUGGAGGCAGAAAGAUCAACAUGAGGGUGGUGCCUAUAUUAAAGAAAUUUUUUGGUUGCUUCUCAUUUUAAGCAUCUAUGCAAAUGUAUUCAGAAAACUCAAAGUUGAUUUUUGGGGUUUGGGAACUCCAACACUUUAAAAACAAUUCUUUUAAUGAAUUUAUUCUCCAAUAUUUGACCCUGACCAUUUUUGGGAGUUGCAAGGGCUUACUGCCAUUUAAAGAAAAAUCUUUUCUAUUAACUUCGCUUUUGUUUGUGUGUCAAUCUUUCUUUCUAUCUGGAUAUGUGGCAAAAUCUUCGGACGGCAAAUUGACCAACUUCCUGUCAACCUACAGAGCUGAUUGUUAGACUUGUUGCCGAUGACAACACAUUUGAUCAAAUUUUCUGCCCCACACCCAAAAAUCAGGUUUUCCUAUUUUCAAGGCAAAGAUGAAGGAAAUAUGAUGCCACUGAUUUAACGAAAUAAAAUUCCCAAUAACUGCGCCAAAUUAGAUUCGUAAAAAUAUCGCAAGUGCGCUUGGUGUGUAAUAUUUUCUUUUGUUUUUCUGAAAUAGUUGGUGACAUAAAUAUGCUGUGUAAAAGCGGAUGGGACAUUAGAAUAUUAAUAAUAUAAAAAAAAAUUUAAAAAAAAAUGUAAGUAAAGGAAUUAUAUGAAAAACAUUCUUUUAAGGGUUUGCUUGAAUAAAUUUUAAUUCACACUUUGAUAAAGAAUCCCUUACACCGUUACCAUCAAAAGUUGAUACACCACUGGCCACUGUCACAAAUGAGUCUAAGAAGAGUGUUUUACUUCAACAGAUAAUAGUAUUGUUUUGUAACCAUUGUUACAAUGUUUCUGUGGCCCUUUAAAAAAUAUUUCUUUUCCAAUUGAAAAAGUGUUCUGCCAUCAUAACUCAUCGACCUUAAUUCCCACUUUUUUUUUAUUCACAGUUGAGAUUGGUGGGUUGCAUGUUAUUUUCAGAAUAGAGUCUAUCUUAACCAAUACUAAAUAUGCAGCAGCAUGAACAAGUUAUUUACAUGCUGUAACAAAUAUGAGAUUAGUUUGGUUUGCAUGCAGUAAUUCUCAUCAUGUUGCAAGUAUUUGUUGUAAAGUGCAUCAUUCUAGUUGUAUAUGCUAGCAGUUUUUAUGGGGAAUCCCAAUAAGUGUUCUGGCUCUUGAAAAAUCAAAUUUUUUCAAUGUAGAACAUUUUUGUGAAUGUCAUAUAUAAAUAAUAGUUUUUGAUGACAUGUUUAAUUGCCUUGACCUAGAGCCUAGGUUAACAUGAGAAUUGUGCAUUGUGAUUAUUGUUAGCAGCUUUUACAGGAUUGGGGCAAAUGGUGCAGUAUUAGGCGUAACUAAUAAACUACUCAGAACAGCUAAAAGGUAUAUGGGCAGCUGAUAAGGUAUUUGGGCAACUAGUAGAGUAUUCAGGAUGUCUAGUAUAGUAUUGGGUCACCUAAAGUAUUGUGAGCAACUCAAACUUUAUGUGGGCAACAAGUGUAGUAUUCAGGGUGGUUGGUACAGUACUGAGGGCAACAUGAGUCAAGACAGCUAGUAUGGCAUUGGGGGGAAAUGGUUGAGAAUUGUGAGCUACUAAUACAUGAUUUCUCUUAAUGAAAUGGCUGCAGAUUGAAUCAGACUUUUUCUGUUAAAAAUAUUUCCUUUAGGAAUGUCAGGUGAAUACUUCCAUGAAUCUAAAAUCACUCUAAUUAAAAAAAACUCAACUUCCAUUCCAAAGUCAAAAUACAUCGACCAACAUGGCAUCAGACUAAGACUCAGCUUUCUAUACAAAAAUUACUUGAGCCUUCAUGUUAAGUUGAAGCUGUUGGAUAUAAAAAUUAGGAACAUUUUAUUUUUUUUAAAAAAAGGAAAAAAUUAUGUUUUACCAAGGACAAAAAAUAUUUUAAACAGGCUAAAUUCAUUUGUACAUCUGGAGUUCAAUCACAACAGUUGUGACCUUUCACCCUGUGGGUCUGAAGUUGUCCACACCAAAUGAAAUGACUGCAUUUCUUCCACUGAACCAUGCUAAAUGAGACACUUGACUACUAAUCUUCGGUCGAGCCAUGCGGAAUAAGAUAAUGGUGAAGGGACUAACACUUGGGUUUUAGCAUGUAUUUUGAUGCAUUUUGUUGUUGUUUUGGAAUGAGUUGAAGAAAAAUGUAAAUAUUGUUGUCCAUCAUAACAAACACCAGUGUAAAUCAUGGAGUGAACACUGGUGUAUAAUUUAACUUUUUAAUUACGGAGAAACCAGUUUUAUCUAAUAAUUUGCUGUGAGGAAAUACUGAGAACCUAGAGUGCACUGUAUUUUAACAAAACAAAGACAAAACUAAAUUUAAAUAAUUUUAUUGUUUGCAACUGCCCUGAGUUAAUUUCUUGCAUGCGUAAUGCGUGAUUUUCACCCAGUAGAGUAUGUUGAAAGUACACACUAAAAGUUCAUUUUAUUCUUCCUAUACAAGUCUGAUUUUCAAUAAUUUUUUUUUUCUCCUUACUAUAGCUUUUUUUUUUGUCCACUGAGGAUUCUUGCCUAAAACUCAGUUUCUCUCACACAAAGCUUUAUAUUUUUUAAUAAAUUUUACUAAUUUUAUAAAAAUUCACCACCAUAUUUUUUAUUAAACUGUAGGCAUUUGUUUGUAUAAAAUAUUACUUCAUGAAGUUACUGAUUAAAAUAUUUGAUUGUUGCUCUAUGGUAAAGUUAUUUUCUUAAAAUAUUAUUGUUUUUUUUUUAAAAUUAAAAUUGUGGUGUUGUUUUUUAUUAUGAAUGAAUUUGAAUUGCUUUAAAAAAAAAUACAUUUCUGCAUGAUUAUACAACUGUUUUGAUUUGAUGAAUAUUUAUUAAAAACAUUUUAUGUUUGGUAGUAGAGCUGAAACUCAUAGUUGUAUUUUAAGUAGAAUUUCCUGAUACUAUAAUAGGUAAAAACGAAAAUUUAAACUGUGUUACUUUGCUGAUAAGUAGUAGGAACUAAAAACUACAACAAUGUACUAAGUAAUACCGAGUUAAAAACUAUAACUUUGCUAUGAAGUAACAGAGCUUAAUAAACUAAGAUAGUGUGCUAAGUGUCAACAGAAACUAUUAUAAGGUUAUUUUGCUAAGCAGUAAAGGAAAUUAAAAAUAAUUCAAAAUAUAUCCUUAUAUACAGAAGUUUAUCCUCUCACCUAGUUUGACCUACUUGCACUUAUUUCAUUUAAGUUUUCGCUUAAAUAGUUAGAUUUUAUUAUUUUGAAUCCAUUGUUACAUUUUGUGCCUUUCUCACUUUCAGCUAGAGAAAAACAUGACAGCUGCACUUCUUCCAGAGUUAGCUGCAGCUGUUCAAGGAUUUGCUACACAAGAAAAUCAAAAACCUGUAAGAUUAUAAGGGAAAUGGAUAAAAAAUAUUUUAGCAUAUCACUAUCCUUAAACAUUUCCCAUACUUAAUACAGUCUGUUUGGUUGUGUGAUUCGAUGUAGGUAUGCUUAGCUGUGAAUCUGAUGAUUCAUGCUUUGCUAGUGUUAACUGCUAUCUGAUUUCUCUGUACACUGAUGGGACCCAAACCUACUAUAAAAGUCGGCUUGUAUCUUUCUCUUAUAAAGCAUUUUCUUGAAGGCAAUAAUACUUAACUUUUUUGCAAUAUUAUUUCAUAAAAUACUUUAUUAUUAUUAUAAUAAUUACAGGGUAAUUUUCACAAUCCAUGUAUGAUUUUUUUUUUUCAUCAAAUUAUUUUACACGUUCAUACGUUGCUAUCACGCCGUAUUGUCCCUUUUCCAAUAGCAGUUUAAACUUUAAUCCAGGAACCUAAAUAACAGGCUAUACUAGGAAUCAAACAUAUGUAAUAAUGCACCUCUAUAUAAGUAGAAGAAUAUAAUACAACCUUCAUCCACAAAGUUCUCUCACCAACUGCCAAAACAAAUCACAUGUACACCAAAGACAGACCAUAGACACUCAUCAAAAUUACAAUAAAAAAUAUGUCAACAUACGUCACAAGCCCAAAGACAAAGCACAAUUUUCCAUACACAACUGUUACUAGUGAAUACCCAUACUCGAUAGUAAUUACUAUGUUUCUUUAAUACCACUUAAACAUAUAAAAAAACAUUAAUGAUGAAAUACUGUAUUGUUCUGGGUACGAUAUAUAGUUCGUCAGUUGAAGUCGAAUAUGACCACCUUAAUCAUUGGGUAUGAUAAUUGGGAACUUGAGUGCACAGAUGGCUAAAGAGACCAAUUCUGGCACAAAAUGCUCUUGUGCAAGGAAUUGAUGGGACAUCUCCAGGUGCAGAAUUAAUCCAGGCUUUUCUGUCUUUUGUGCUCUGCAGUCACUGUUGGUUUCAUGUUGCAUGAAGCUGUUGUGUACAGAGGAAUGCCAGGAUGCUAGAGCCUUUGCAGAUUCUUCCCAUGUUUCCACGUAUACAUCGAACACUUUUAGUGAGGCUUUAAGGGUGUCUUUAAAGCAUUUCUUCUGCCCACAGCAAACUGCCUCCCAUGCUCCAGCUCACUACAGAAUCUGACAUUCGCAUCUCAUGUCCCACAUUUUAAUGGUAAAGAUUCUCGGGAGACCUCCCUGUGCGAGUACCUCGUACCUGUGACUCUGUCGUGCCAUUUGAUGUUUAGGAUUUUCCUGAGACUUUUCGUAUGAAAGUCGUUAAACAUUUUUAUAUGGCGUAGAUAAACAGUUUCCACAGUUAUAGAGAAGCGUAGUGAGCACAGUCGCCUUGUGUACUUUUAUUUUAGUUUGAGGGCUUAUACCAUACAUUCUUAAACAAUUGGCCAUAGGUUGCAUUGGCCCUUACAAUUUGAAGGUUCUGAGUAUAGUCCACCCAUGAUUAUAAGCGGCACCCUUAUUAAUCAUUGUUCACAUACUCUGGUGUUUUUAUUAUUACUUAUUUUUUUUUGUUUCAAUAUCUCCAUUGUUUAAUGCCGCCCUAGUAACAUGAAUAAAGUUACAGUUUUACUACCAUGGGGUCAAUUUUUGACCUCAUGAUUAGAAGCUCACUAUAUCACUGCAAUAGAAACAUUGUUUAUUGUAUAUAUCAUCUUAUUUUCCUGAAAAUAAUGAAUUUUUGUCCCAAACCUAAAAAUAGUGGCCUAUUUAUCUUGAGAACUUUCCAAUAGACCGCGUAUAGAGGAUCACACAAUCAUGAUCAAAUAUUACUCAACACUUCAUUUGUGAGCUUUUUAUUUUUUACAUCAUUGUAAGCAUAGCUGUUAUCGUUGGGUUUGUUGGCACAGCUAUUUGCUGUGUUCUUCACAUACAAACUUGGUUGGCUUGUCCUACAAUCUGGGACAAUUUAACUUCUCUUGUGCUGUCCUGAGUGAGUGGUGCUUGGAGAUGCUGAUGAUGCAAAUUGUAAAAUGCAGCAACUGCAAAGGACCUAUUUGGCUCCUUGUAAUGUUUGCUGCACUAUCAAUCCCUUAUGUGCAUGUGGAAUGAUUAGAGCAAGGGCCAGUUCCAUUUAUGAACUUUUGUCACUUGUCUGACUGCAUUUUGGGUUCGUUUUCAUUCUGGAUAAAAUCAUCUGUAAAAUAUUGCCCUCACCUUCACCGUGGGUGUCGCUUACAGUGGCUAACGCAACCACAAUGCGGUCGUGCAUCAGUCCUUGUCGUCCAUCCAUCCAUAUUGUCUCACCGUGUUGUGCAGCUGUGCAGGUCGCAGAAUUACAACAAAUACUUAUGUUACAUCAAGAUACUAUGGGAUUCAUUUCACCCUAAACAAAAACAUUAAUGACAAAAAUAAACACAUAAACCAGAAAAGGUUGAACAUGUGUUAAAUUGUUAGGAAAGCCUUACAAGAAAAUGUAUGAUAAGGGAGGUCACUAAUCAUGAUAAUUUCAAAGAAAUUAUGGGUCAAACAGGGCUUGGGUGACACAGACCCCAUGUUACCAAAUGAGGGUUAAAGACUUGCAUUAAGGGAAAAAAAUUGCUACCUAUACUCGAAGCAUUGUGGUAUUUAAUUAUAGUUUUGAUCGUUGCUCAUGCAGUCUCGCAACCUAACCAAGAUUGUUAUUCUGAACACCUGCGCAGAGCGCUUGAGGCUUCUUGACAACUCAACUCUUGCACCUAUGAAAAUCAAAGCAGUGAGUGCGUCUUCUUGACUUUUUUGUAUUAUAACACAUUCUAUUGUAACACAUUCUAUUUUAACACAUUCUAUUUUAACACAUUCUGCUGUUUCAAAAGACAAUGAUUUCAUAUUUUCCUAUAAAUCUUUUACACAUUUCUGGUAUGAAAAUGUCAUCUAUUGUUAAAUGUGUAAAUAAUUUUUUAAUGUAACGAAGCUGUUAAUACAUCCAUGAAAUCAUGUGUUCUUACUUUACUUACCCGCUGCUGCACAGUCCAACCUGAGUGACACGUUGCAUGGAUUACAAACAAAGACCACACUGAAGGUAAGGAUUGGAUCUGUAAUCUUUGUUUUGUGGUCAACAGCUGAGCUGCGAGGAUCACUACUUUAUUUUAUAUUUAAUUCUGAGAGAGGUCACGUACAUUGUAUAUCCAAAAAUAGAAUUAUGUCAAUUUUAAAACAAAAUGGCCCAAAUAUAUGUUUUACACCCUCUUAGUAAUGUUUUGAAAAAUUUUUGUAUACAGCAUUAAAUCUCCUCCCACAGACCCACGUUGAUGACCUGAUCGGCAAUCUGACAGCUGCUCAGAACAACUUCAACGCGAAUAAAACAAGGCUCAUAAUGGCUGUAAGUAAAGGAAUUCCUCAUUCUUAUUUCAUAUAUUAAAAAUUUUAUCAGUCAUUCAUAUGGAUCUAGCUGCUGGAUCAUCUCCGUGUUAUGUAUCUACCUGCGGGAUUAUCUCAGUGGUGUGGAUCUACCUACACGAUUAGGAGCAAAUAUUAAUCUCAGAUGAGAUCUGUUAGCCAAUUUUAAUGUUUUUGGUGUAGCAUUAUUGAAUUUCUCUAAUUUGAUAAGCACCAGAUUUUUUAAUGAGAAAGGCAACAGUUUAACAGGGGCAAGACGAUUUUUAUUAUCAGCUUACACAGGAAGGUGGUAAAAUAGGCCUGAUGAUUAGCGGGGACAAAACAAUAAUUAUGGGUGUCCAGUGUUUCAGCCAAGUGAAUGUAGCACUGAGCCAACAUGCUUGAAAAGUUUGCUGGAUUGGAUCAUUGAGGCACAAUCUUCAAGAAUUAAAUAUGUGGAAUAGAUGUGGAAUAAAUGUCAAUUUAGCCAUCAUUGCCUUCCAAACCAUUACUUCUGUCAGUGACACAAAUAUGUAGGGGUCUUCGUACACCUGUUAUAUUCCUUUCAUAUUAAAAAUGUAUUCCAUUAUAUAUUUAAAAAUGGGGAUCAGCAACUAUGAUUACAGAAGGAACAAAGAAGUCCUAAGAGGCAACAGAGCAUAGAGCCUGGAUGGUGACAGUUCUCAGAAUUUGCUUCCUAGUCCUGAGCAGCAGUGCACAGAUGAAACCACUAUAAAAUAGAUGCCACCCAGGAGGAAGCAAGGAAGGUCAUGGAAAACUUGGAGGCAGACCUACCAAAAGACCUUGAAAAUUGUCAAGCAGUCUUAUAAAGAUUAUCAUUUAACCAACAAAUAGCUACAGAUUUAUUAAGAUUGUCAUUAUGCUUACAAAUAACUACAGAUUUAUUAAGAUUGUCAUUAUGCUUACAAAUAACUACAGAUUUAUUAAGAUUGUCAUUAUGCUUACAAAUAACUACAGAUUUGUUAAGAUUGUCAUUAUGCUUACAAAUAACUACAUAUUUAUUAAGAUUGUCAUUAUGCUUACAAAUAACUACAGAUUUAUUAAGAUUGUCAUUAUGCUUACAAAAAACUGCAUAUUUAUUAAGAUUGCCAUUAUGCUUACAAAUAACUACAGAUUUAUUAAGAUUAUCAUUGUGCCAACGAUAACUACAGAUUUAUUAAGAUUACCAUUGUGCCAACAAUAACUACAGAUUUAUUAAGAUUACCAUUUUAUUCGGCUAACAAAUAGCUUACACGACUCUGAUAUAGCAUUGAAUAUUUUCAGAAAAUUGCAGACUUAAGUAAUGCAAUCCUGACUGAAAUCAGUGACAACAUUGAUGAGGUGAAGAAAGAAGUGAGUAAAGCUUCACUAAGCCCUAAGCAGUUAUGCAAGUAAUGGCUUUAAAAAUUACUGGCAGAAGAAAAUAGAAAGGAAUACAUUUUCAAAGAAACAUCUCAGUCCUAGGUCUUAGGUUCUGAUCCUAACAAAUUACAAAUGAAAAGUCAAAGUAAUUCAAUUUGUUGAAUUUUGUUACAAGACUGAGAUGUUUACCAGUUGGAAGACUUGGGGAAUCCAAGCAUUUUGAAUUCUCUUAGCCAUGUCUCAUAAGUUAAGAAUUGCUGAUGAGGGUUUUGUUUUAAUGGGGAGAGUCUCGUUAGUUUCACUUGAAUAGACAACUCAGUUGAGGGAGGAAAGAGGGUGGGGUUAGCAUGAGUAAUGCAGGUGAUCUCAUCCAAAGUACAUCCGGGGCAACCUCUCUCAUUCUUUAUCAACAAGAUUAUCUUUCCAUUAAUUGUUACGGAAACAUUUCCAUGUUCCCCAAUUGAUUAAUUUAUUCUUCACAAAAAUGAAGGUGGAGCUUUAAUAAAAUGAUACAAUGCUUUUGGGCAUGUUUUCUUAUCAAUCGCUUUUCAUGUCCAGCCAAGAAUGUCAAGGAUUCUACCCAUAACGCAUACAAUUUUAAAAUGACUGUCCUUAACAUCAAGUUCAAUUCUAAUUUAUUGUCAUUUUUUUUUUUCAUUUUUUUUUUCACAAAAUGCUUUACAAUGUUUUUGUUAGGUAGGCCGAUGACUUGAAUCUCCCAGAAAGCCAGAUGUUUGAAUUGUAAUGUUUUUGUUACAGAUUAGAGAAAACAUGGCACGUUGUGAACCUCUGAGUUCCGCUGUCUACAUGUUGACUGAUUCUAUUUGUGUGUUGGCAAUCAAUCCACUGGUGAGUUCAGAUCAAACACUUGCAUCCAUAAACUUGCAUUGCAACACUAUGUAUGGUCAAUCCACUGCCCUGCCACUAUUCACUUGAUCCAUCUACCACUGAAGGGACAGUAUUUACCUGUUCCAUCUACUGCUCUGUGACUGUAUUUCCUUGGACGUUCUACUGCUCUGUGACUAUAUUUACUUGGUCAUUCUACUGCUCUGUGACUAUAUUUACUUGGUCAACAACUGCUCUGUGACUAUAUUUACUUGGUCAUCCUACUGCUCCACAACUGUUUACUAAGUCAAUCUACUGCUCUGUGACUGUAUUUACUUGGUCCAUCUACUGCUCUGUGACUUUAUUGAUAGGUUUGAAAAGAUUAUUUAGUUCCAUUGUGUCAAUAACUAAUAUUAUUAUUUCUGUUUGAUAUCCUACCAGAACGGCAUGUGGUUCAGCUUUGGAUGGUGCCUAGUUUUCUUUGUCCCUUGCCUCAUCUUUGCUGUCUUGCUAACUGGUCAGUACCGCAGGGAACAUCGGUAUGAGAAAGAGUUUGAUGACCCGUGAGUAGCAUGAGCUUUCAGCUCACUUUUUUACUACAUUUGUAGAGUUGUAGUUGUGUCUGGGGAUAUAGCUUGUACACAUGCAAUACAGAAGAACUAGAAGUGCCAAGUGUACAUGGAUUAGGUAAGAAAUGGAUGUGUCUUGUGUGGGUGGAAAUGGAUGUGUCUUGUGUGGGUGGAAAUGGAUGUGUCUUGUGGUUGGAAAUGGAUGUGUCUUGUGUGUGUAGAAAUGGAUGUGUCUUGUGUGGGUGGAAAGGGAUGUGUGUGGUGUGGGUGAAAAUGGAUGUGUGUUGUGUGGGUGGAAACGGAUGUGUCUUGUGUGUGUGUGGAAAUGGAUGUGUCUUGUGUGGGUGGAAAUGGAUAUGUCUUGUGUGGGUGGAAAUGGAUAUGUCUUGUGUGGGUAGAAAUGGAUGUGUCUUGUGUGGGUGGAAAUGGAUGUGUCUUGUGUGGGUGGAAAUGGAUGUGUGCGUGGAUUAGAGGAAAAAGAUGAACACACUGUGCACAUGGAAUAGGUAGGAAGCCCUGCUGUCCUUAUCAACACAUGUAAAGCCAUCGUCCUGGUACUUGUGAUGUAAACACCUGGUGUGUCUGUGUUGACUUGUGAGGUUUUUAAGGGCACCAUAUUAUUAGCAACUUUGGUAAACUCAUUUUUUAACUGGGAUGUCAAUGAUUUGCUGCAUUCAAGAAUUUGUUGUUUUUUCAUCUCACCUAGAAACUUCUUGAUGUAUGGUGGUCCAAGUCAGGACACUAUUCCCUUGACCAGGUCAGUAUGGUACCUCUUAGAUGUGCUGUUUCAACUACAUAGCUGUAGUAAUAUUAUACCCAAAUGCACCCAAUUAGUUUUAGUACUAUUAUACACUAAUUCACUGUACUAGUUGUAAUAUCAUACAAUUUUGACAACUCACAAAUUUGAUUUAUGCGUACUGAUAUACACUAGUACACCAUACUAGAUGUUGCACAAUGACACACUAUUACACUCUGCUAGUUUGUAUGAUAAUACACCCUGCUGGUUGUAGUACAAUGAGGCACUAAUACACCUUGCUAGUUGUAUGAUAAUACAAUCUGCUAGUUGUAGUGCAAUCAUACCCUAAAACAUUCUGCUAGUUAUAGUGCCAUCACACACUAAAACAUUUAGCCAGUUGUAGUACAGUGACACACUAAAAAAUAUUUAGCCAGUUGUAGUACAGUGACAUACUAAAAAUAUUCUGCUAGUUGUAGUACAGUGACAUACUAAAAAUAUUCUGCUAGUUGUAGUGCGAUCACACACUAAAACAUUCUGCUUAUUGUAGUACAGUGACUCUGAGUGAUAUACUAAAAAUAUCCUGCUAGUUGUAGUGCUAUCACACACUAAUACAUUCUGCUCUUGUAGUACAAUGACACACUAAAAAUAUCCUGCUAGUUGUAGUGCUAUCACACACUAAAACACUUUACAAACACGAAUAAACUAGACAUUUCUUUAACAAAUAUUAAAGAGAUAAUAAAACUAGAGACCGACCGAAAGUGAUUUUCUGAUUUCGUCCGAAAGCGAAAAAAUGCCGAAAGUUUAAAAAUGACUUUCGGUCGAAACCGAAAAAAGGCAGAAAGUUAAAAAUGAAUUUUAACCGAAACCGAAAAUGAAAUAUUAAGAUAUAUUGAAAUUCGUUCCUGCAUACAUUCUGCAUACAUUGAAAAUGAUGUGGGAAAGUAUAAAUAUUUACAUUCUUUUUAUAAAAAAUGAGAUAAUCGUGAAUAUUAAUAAAUAAACAUCUAAUAUAGGGGUCUCAAACUCGCGAGUCAUUUGUCACCCCCAAGAUGAUAUUUUGCGGCCCUCUACAUGACAGAAAAGUUUAGUGUAAAUGCGCCGGCACGUUUCCCCCAUUCUCAUAUCUAUAACGUGAAUCUCUGCGACGGUUUAAGUCGAAUCUCACCGACUAGUCUAAUUCUGAUUUUUUUCUUUUAAAAUUUUUCUCUGUAUUUUUUUGUACCAGGUCUCUGGCAACAGUGAGUAGUUCUUAAGAACCCUUAAUGAUUUUAUUGUUAUUUAUAAAGGUUGAGCAGAUUGUAACAGUUGUAAUCGCUUUUUUGUGGAUUACUUGAUGCGGCCCACUCUCCUUCAGACACUACCUCCUGCGCCGCCCCCCCCCCCCCAAGAUUUGAGUUUGAGACCCUUGAUCGAAUGAAUACUUUGGAUUUUAUCAUUUUAAUAUCAAAGUAAUUUAAAUUGCUUUACAAUUUUUUUCAAAAAUUAAUAUGGUAGGAAAAAAUUUGGCAAAAAUGGGGGGGAGGGGAAAUUAAUGCAAAAUAUUAUUUUUUUAAACAGGGUUUCUAAAAAUGUGCUUCUAAAAGAUCGCUUAAUUUGUUUUUAAAGAUCGUUUAGUUCGUUGUUAUUGAUCAGUUAGUUUGUUCUUGAAGAUCGGUGAGUUUGUUGUUAAAGAUCGUUUAGUUUAUUGUUAAAGAUCGUUUAGUUUGUUUUAAAGAUCGUUUAGUUUGUUGUUAAAGAUCAUUUAGUUUGUUGUAAAAGAUCCUUUAGUUUGUUGUUAAAGAUAGUUUAGUUUGUUGUUAAAGAUCAUUUAGUUUGUUGUUAAAGAUCGUUUAGUUUGUUGUUAAUGAUCGCUUAGUUUGUUGUUAAAGAUCGUUUAGUUUGUUGUUAAAGAUCGUUUACUUUGUUCUUAAAGAUCGCUUAGUUUGUUGUUGAAGAUCUUUUAGUUUGUUCAUAAAGAUGGCUUAGUUUGUUGUUAAAGAUCGCUUAGUUUGGUGUAAAGAUCGCUUUGUUUUUUCAUAAAGAUCGCUUAGUUUGUUCUUAAAGAUCGCUUGGUUUGUUGUUGAAGAUCUUUUAGUUUGUUCAUGAAGAUCGCUUAGUUUGUUCAUAAAGAUCACUUAGUUUGUUGUUGAAGAUCGCUUAGUUUGUUUUAAAGAUCGUUUAGUUUGUUCUCAAAGAUCGCUUAAUUUGUUCUUAAAUGUGGCUUAAUUUGUUGUUAAAUAUCGCUGAGUAUUAAAAUGACUGAAAACCUGAGUCACUUUCGGCCGGAUGGCCGAAAGUUUAAGUCAAUUUCGCCCGAAACCGAAGAAAAACCGAAAGUUAACUUUUCUCUUUCGGCCGAAACCGAAAUAAGCCGAAAGUUAACUUUUCAGUUUCGACCGAAAGUGAUAACAUGGCCACUUUUGGCACCGAAGCCGAAAUUCGGUCGGUCUCUAAAUAAAACAUUAUAGAAAUUGUAGCCAAGAAGAAAGUGGCUACUGAAAUAAUAAUAAAAUAUAGGAAACAUCAGCAUUAUUAUCUGAUCACUCACUUAUCUCACACAAUGGUUCAGUGUUUCUACAAAGUUUAUCUUUAUCUGAAGAUGAUCCACUGAAUCCAAGUUAUAUUAUAAUCACUACAUGAAGUUUGUAAACCAAAACCCACCGCUCCCGCUCCUUUCUGUGUUAAUGUCUACAUGCCAUUGAAUCAAGUCAGUGGUGUGCUGUCAUCAGCUAGACUUUAUAUGUAGGUCAAUUGUUCAUGCAAAUGUUCACAUCAAGCUGUGGUACAAUUUGUUGGAUUGUUUUCUUCUAUUUGUAUGUAUAGUUUUUAAAAUAGUGAACAGAAUAAAAGAAUUGAAAUCUAUUCAUGACAGAACUGAAUAUCCAAUGUUGAUGUUACACAGUUGAUCUAAUUGGAUAAUGAUAUGUUACACAGUUGAUCUAAUUAGAUAUUGAUUUGUUACACAGUUGAUCUUAUCGGAUAUUGAUAUGUUACACAGUUCAUCUCAGCUAAAUGAAACUGAAGUUAUAAAUAUGUAACUGGCCAAAACAUAAUAGUUCAGAAAGGCAUGGCAUUGUAACUGGCCAAACAUAUUAGUUCAGGAAGGCAUAACUAUGUAACUGGCCAAAUAAAAUAGUUCAGUACGGCAUAACUGUGUAACUGGCCAAACAAUAAUUCUGUACGGCAUAACUAUGUAACUGGCCAAACAUAAUAGUUCAGUUAUAUUUUUUUUGUUUUUACAAAGUUAUCACCAUGUUCUACAGUGACAGUUAAUUUUCCCCAUUUUAUUUUAUGACCUAAUAUGUUUUUUUUUUUUUUUUUUCAAACCUUUUUCUGGUUGAUUUGGUUUGUAACACUGAAUGUAUUCUCUGUUUGUGUCUGUUCUUUUCAAACAUAAUAGUUCAUUUAUAUUUUUUUUGUUUUUACAAAGUUAUCACCAUGUUCUACAGUGACAGUUAAUUUUCCCCAUUUUAUUUUAUGACCUAAUAUGUUUUUUUUUUUUUUUCUUCAAACCUUUCUCUGGAUGAUCUGGUUUGUAACACUGAAUGUAUUCUCUGUUUGUGUCUGUUCUUUCUCUGUGUUGGGAGAGCAGAGAUUCCUCUCUACAGUUGUACAGUAUUUCUUGGUCACGGGAACCACAAACAAUGUAAAUCUGUUAUUGAGUAAUUAUGAUCAGAUUUAUCCAAAAUGUGCCGUCCAUCAAUUGUGUCCCUCAAUCCAUCAAAAUUAUGCCGUGCAUCAAUUGUGUCAACCAAAAAAAUGUGUGCCCUCCCUUAAUUUUGCCCAUUAACCCAUCAAAAUUGUGCCGUCCAUCAGUUGUGUUGACAAACCCAUCAAAUUUGUGCCGUCCAUCAGUUAUGCAAAUAGCAAUAAAAGCUGUGCUAUCCAAUACUUAUUUAAAUACAGCUAUCCUAAAGCUUAUACUUAUAGUGCAUUUAUUUCUAGGCUAGAUUUUGCUUUAUUAAAUAGAUCUUUAUUGCCAGAUCUCUGUAAAAAUUACCACGUCCUUUUUAUAGUCUCUAUUAAACAUUGUCUGUAAAGGAAUCUUUAUACCUAUUCUAACAUCUUUCUUUGUUUACCCAGUUUCUUGUUGUGAUGGUACUACUUUUAAUAACAUGGAUAAAUUCAUCAGUAUAUUUGUAGAAAUGUCUUUUCUAUGAAAAAGUCUUCUCUCUGUAUUUGUGAAAAUUUCUCCCUUAUGUUUGUGAAAAUGUCUUCUAUGUUUGUGAUGAUAUCUAUGUUUGUGAUAUCUAUUUUUGUGAAAUCUAUUUUUGUGAAAAUAUCAUCUCUUUGUUUAACACAAUGCAAGGUUUGUUAAAAAGUUUAUUUAAUUAAUAGAAACGUGAUACAGUCAUCCCUCGCCACUUUGUGCUUUGACUUUCUUGGCUUCACUCUGUCGCUUUUUUUUUCAAAUACUGUAUAUUCAUUACAAAAGUUGAUGGAGACAGUAAAAAUGAUACAGUGCGCGCUCAUUUGUCUGAGUCAAUUAUCCAUGUUAGUCGCUGGAUGUGAGUAGCAUUGGUGAUGAAACAAUGUCCUGGGUUUUAUCUUUUCAUCUUCAUCGCUUCAUCAUCGAACAAGUUGCACUAUUUUAAUUGGUUAUUGGUUGUGUGUAAUAACUGUGUGUGUAAUGCUGUGUUUACCGCAACUCUUGUGUGGCUUUGCCGGUGUAUUGAUUUAGCCAGGCUGACCACUGGUCACAGAGCCCGGCCGGUUAUUACCAGCCGCGCCCAUGAUGGAUCAGUCUAUGCAUGGGUAUUCCAAUAAACAGUCGCGCUUGAAGGCUGGUGUUUCGCGAGCAACGAUAUAACAGUAAUUAAAUGUUCAAAAAUUAUAUGAUAUUUGUAACGUCUAAUAUGUCUUAUUUUGUCUAAUAUAUUUGGAUGAUAUGAAGGUAAUGGUGACUAAAGGUUGUUAUUGUGACUAAAAGGUGUCAUUUGAAGUCUAGAGGCUCUUAUAAUUUUGAAAACGUAUUUAGGUUGUAAUCAGGUUUUCUAUGCUCUAACUUUGAAAAUAUUAGAUUUAUAAAUAAAGAAUCCUACUUCAUGGAAAUUCAAAUAUCGCGAUAGAGUCUGGAACCGAUUGGCCGCGAUAUCCGAGGGUCGACUUUAUUUAAAUAGCAGCAUUGGUUAACACAAAGCCAUAAUGUCUAUUAUUGCACCCUAACUAUAAUGCCAGCAUUAGAUUUGACCAAGAAAGAAGGCCUAGAAUAGCACCAUGCUAUAAUGGUAGCACUACUUUGGUGUACUAAGUGGCCAUAAUGUCUACUAUUGUAUCCUAACUAUAAUGUCAGCAUUAGAUUGUACCAAGAAAGAAGGCCUGGAAUAGAACCACGCUAUAAAGGUAGCACUAUUUUGAACCAAGCGGCCAUAAUGUCCAGAAUAAUUUCAAGUUAUAAUCUCAGCACUAGUUUGUACCAACCUGUUUCUCUGAAAUGCUAUAUAUGUAUUGUCUUAUGUGUAAUUCUUUAUGGUUUUUUCAUGUGUUGUAAUGAUGGAUCUUUUUUAUCUAAUCUAUCUUACAGUAUGUUUAUUUUUUAUUCUUUAAUGAUUACAUUAUUUAAGCAAUACGCUUGCAGCUUUUAUUAUUGGUUAAAAAGAUGUACACUAAUUUUUAAAAUUGUUCCUUUUGCAUUCUAUUAAUCUUUUUCUAGAUAAUGCUUGUUUAACUGGCAAGUUUUAAUUUUUAAAAAGAAAAAACCCCAAAAAAAACAACUUUAGCCUUGUUUCAUCUAACAUUAAAAUGAAAUGCUGUAAGUUUUAUUUCCAAACUAAACUCAACCUUUUCUCUCCCCCACAAACAUUCCUCCCCACAAACCAUGACUUUCCCAACCCUUUGAACAACAGUGUAGACCAGACUGACCGCGGACAUAGCUCCCCGUCCCCCAGAUACCCUGCGGGGAUGUCCAAUGCCGGGUAUCAUCAUGAGUACAAAAGAGAGAAUUUGUCCCCGCCGCCCUAUGACGACCGCAUGCACCGCAUGCAUCGCGAUGACGCCAACCCCCCACCCAAAUACAGAGCCCAUGACUUGUCAACAGCAUACCCGCCUAUGGAGCCAAGAGACGGGAGCAGAGCCAAGAACUACUCCUACCCAUACUAACCCAGAGCAUGCAUUGCAUUUAGGCUUAGUUUGUAAGUAGCACAGACUUUUAUCACUGCAUGCUUUUUUUUUUUAACAGCAUCAUUCUAUGUGGUGCCUUGUUACUUCAUGGGAUGGACACUCAACAAUUUAGGAUACACUUAUUGUGCCCAUUGAAUCGUCUCUUAUAUUCUACUGAUAGAUAUUAAAUAAUCUUUUUUUAUAUUUUUGAAUGGAAAUCGAAGACUAAUUUAUUAUGAUUACCACUUUAAAAUAAGACAUUAAAUAUUUAAUUUUUAUUUGAAGGAAAUACAUAUGACCUAAUAAUAUAAAUUACACUGGUUCGAUGCAGUGUUUCCAGUAAAAUUAUUUAGUAAGAUAAAGAAAUACUGUAAAUAUAAUUUUAUUUAUGUGUAUUGAGCCAUCAUUACCCCCAUGAUUUCCAUUUUCAAUCCAUUUUGGUCCGCACUCCCGCACUCCACAGUAACGCUACUGCUUAUGCUCAAAAUGUCGAGAGAUGGAAAGGUUUCUGAAAUUGCUCAAGAGGGGGCAAUCAAAAAGUUGCUGCCUCAUGCAACAACUUAACAAGGAUUUUUCAGGCUAAUGAACAUAGAAACAAAGGAUAGAAAUCAAUUAUUUAAACCCAAAGACAGGAUUCAAAAUUUUCUGAUUUAAAAAGGUUGAUGCCAUUGUAAACAUCAUGUCUACAAACUUUAAAGUGAAUAUUUUUUCAAAGAAAAUAAACAAAUAUAUUUUGGCUUAAAAAGUUGGCCGAUCCCCUGGUGUAACUGGAAGAAGAUAGGUUGGAUAUAGAAUUGAAAAAAAAAAAAAUUAUUUAAAUGCUCUCUCAGUGUCAUUAACUGUCAAUUUCUUUUUGUUGCAUCACAGCAUAAUAGUCAAACAUUUUUGCCAUCUAAUCCAAUAACAAAGUAUUUGUACCUUUAAAUAAUGAACAUUUAAAUCAAUUUUUUCCUUUUCUUUAUUUUCAUAAUUAAGACACUAAUUGAAUAUAGCCUUGUGGUUCAUUCCCCAAUUUUAUGUGUGAAAGAAUGUUCAUCCUCUUAUCUACUAUCGUCUUCUUAUUUGCUAGAAAUGUUCCCUUGUGCAAUCUGUUAUAAACUAUAAUUUAUUUUAAAAAUAAGCCAUUGAAAAAAAGGACGGACAUAAUAUAGUACAAAUAAAAGUUUAAAAAUUGCUUGCAACAAGUCCCAUUUAAAAUUUAAGUCUUCACAUUGUUUUGUUUGUCCUCUCUAUGAAGUAUCAGAUUUUUAAAUAACUGUAAUAUCUGAUAUACAUCACAAUCCUACAAAGAUACCAACUUUAAUAUCUCAUGUGCGUACCAGCAGUGGAUUACAAAAAAAGGAAAAAUUAAAUGUACAGACAAAAAUAUGGAAUGUUCAGUAAAAAAAAUGAAAUGUUCAGUCAAAUAAAUGAAAUGCUCAGCCAAUAUAAAGAAGAAACAUAUUUUGCAAAAAAAAAUUUUUUUUCCCAUCUUCGCAAGGGCGCCCAACCUACUGAAUGAAAAACUAUCCUGAUAAUUUGGAGGCCUGCUGCUUCCUCUUCCCCUCUACCAUUGUUCGAUUUGUAGAAAUAUUCAAAACAGCAAUUUUACUUUAAAAAAAAAAAUCUUAUUUUAUAUAAGUAUGAAAAUAGGUUUCAUCUGGUUGUAUGCAUUCAGUAUUGGAUUAAGUGUAAAAAAAAUGAUGACGGUAUGCUAAAAACAUGAAAACAUAACUCAUUCAUAAGACAAAAGUUAAAGAUGACCCACUUUCCAUGCUUGAAUUUUGGAGCUUGAGUAGAACAUUGAGUAUAUUGAAAUUAUAUUAUCAGGAAAUUGAUGAGUAUAUUGAAAUUAUAUUAUCAGGAAAUUGAACUUUUGUAAGUGGCAAUAAAUUUUGAAAUGUGACUAAGGGAUGAUCCCUUUAGACAAAUAACAGAAAUCAGAUGAAUAAACCCCCACAAAAUUUUUCAGCUUGAUGUGCCCCUGAAUAUAAUAGCUAAUAGAACUAUUAACUGAACUUAAUGUUAAUUUUAAAUACCGUGUCAUAUAUAAACUUUUAUCUUUACUGUAAUUUCUCACUUAUUACUUGCACUAUUAAUUAUGAAAUUUCAUACUCAUAUUAACGCUAUUAACUUAACUAUUCAGUAUACAAUUUUAUAUACAUUCUAACACUAUCAACUAAAUUAAUAUCUUAGGCCUACAUUCUACCACUAUGUUAAUUAUUAACUAAAUUAAUAUCUUACGUAGGCCUACAUUCUAACACUAUUAACUAAGCUUAGGCUUAGGCCUAUAUCUCAUGUAAGCCUACAUCCUAACACUUUUAACUUAUUAACUAAACUAAUAUUUUACUUUGGCCUAUAUCCUAACACUAUUAAUUAAGCUUAUAUCUCACAUAGGCCAACAUCCUAACACUAUUAACUAAGCUUAUAUCUCACGUAGGCAAACAUCCUAACACUAUUAACUAAACUGAUAUUUCACGUUGGCCUACAUUCUAACAUUAUUAACUAAACUGCUAUCUCACCUAGGCCUACAGUCUAACACUAUUAACUAAGCUUUAAAACUCACAUAGGCCUACAUCCUAAUACUCUUAACUGUGUUGUCACAUACACACUGGAUGAUCUACAUUAUUAGUAUCUCACUUAAAUACUAGCACUAUAUUAUUAACUUAACAUAUUACUUACUUACUAAUUGUAAUUUCUCACAUAUAUAUUAGAAUUAUUGUCAUCUCAGAUAACCACUAGUAUUAUUAACUGAACUUAAUAUCAGACAUACAUAUUAGUAUCAUUAACUGUCAUCUCAUAUAAACACUAGCAUUAUUAACUUAAUAUCAGACAUAUAUAUUAGCAUUAUUAACUUUCAUCUUAUAUAAACAAUAGCAUUAGUAGCUUAUCUUAAUAUCACACUUAAAUAUUAGCACUAUUAAAUUAACUGUAUUCUGUAAUAUCUCACAUAAUAUUAACACCUUUGGUUCUUUAAUGUAAAAGAUUCAUUUUAUAAUAUAUUAUUUAUCUCUACAAUUACAAUUUUUCCAAAUAAAAUUUACCAAUGUUUUUAAAAUGUGGCCAGAUAGAAACAGGUAGAUUGGGCCACCAGACACAGUUUAAUCAUAGGAGAUGCACUCUAAACGUUGAUUAAUUGGUUCAGUGGACACUCAUCACUCUGUUUCCUCUUAUAGAUAGGGGCAUGUCUAUUUUUGUAACGUUCAUGUAUUGUAUGUUAGAACAUAUAGUUGUUGUUGAUGAGUUUCCUGAUUGGGGUCCUCAGCUUAACAAUACAUGUUUGGUUGCCCCCUCUUGUCAAAUGGUGUGAAGAGUAGUGCUCUUAUUUGAUUGUGAUAGACAUUAAUUAAAUUUUUUAAAACUGCUUACAAUUGGAAAUUAUUUUUGAUUGAGAAACAAAAAGAUUUAAAUUUAAAAGAAAUAGCCUAUGAGUAGAACAGGGCAGAGAAAAAUAUUGUGUUUUAGCACGUUUAUUUCAAAUGUGCCAAUGUUGUUAAACCGACAUCAUCUAUACAUUUAUUAUGGAGAGAUGGAUUGGCAUCACAGGGUCUGUGAAUGGGGAAGAAAAUGGCACUUUUUACCAUUCACAAACUAUAAUUUCAUCUUGAAGAGUUUAUAGUUAUAUCCUUGAUCAUAGUUUUGACCAGUUCAUUUAGGCUUGACCAGACAGAAAUAGAAGAAUUACUCUUGUCCUGGAGGAAUGUCUUGCAAUGUUAUUUGAUCUUGUAAAACUUUAAAUAAAUCAGAGCAAGGAUCUAGAUACAGGAUUAUCUAGCAUCUGCAUAAAUAAUUGUUACAAUCAAGCGAAAAGUUGUCAAAGGUCUUACUGAAGAAUGGCUACGAUCAAGCAAAUCAUUUCUGAAUAGUCUAACUGCUAAAUUUAAAUUCUUAUUAUCAGUGAUAAAAACUGUCAGGGACAUGAAUCAGUAUCAGGCAUUAAAUGAAUGUGGCACUAGCUGUUUGUGAUAUUAACUCCAGAAUCAUUUUAUAUGUAAUUAAUUGAAGCUAACUCUUUUUAUCUUAUUUUUUUUCUCCUUUGAGGUUAGUCCCCAAAAGUUGUUUCCUCAGUCAAGCUGUAUUGUAAAAAGCUGUAUUGUAAAAAGCUGUAUUGUAAAAAGCUGUAUUGUAAAAAGCUGUAUAAAAAACAAGCAUUAAUUUAAAUCAUUGUAAAAUUCAUUAUAUUUUUAUGUCAUUGUUUCCUUUUAUGAUGCUGCAAUAGUGUUAAAUUGAUGAGCAUUAAAACUUUAAUUAAAUAAAUGUCUUUUUUAUUUUUACUUUAUGCAGGCGAGUGGAUUGGUGAUCAAUGAACUGAAACUGCAGAGACAAUCAACUCACUAUGAUGAUGGACUGAGCAAUACCUGGACAACCUGGGUCGUUAACAUAGGCAUAACUGGGUGAACUUGAUUAUUAUAUUUAGAUGAUCCAUUUUAAAUAAGUUUUUAUGGUUGGAACUUUGGUUUUAGAAUUGUUCAUCUUCUGAAGAUUUCUUUAUUCACAUUGCAACAUAUCAAGCUAUAGCCAGGGCAUACGCUCCAACCAUUAAGAGGUUAUAUAAAUUUUAAAACUCAAUUUAAUUUUGUAUAAUCUUUUAAUAGUUGUUAGUUAACCGGAAAAGAAACACUCUUGUCCUUGCCUUGACUAUAGCAAAGAGAGAAUUCCAUUCAAAAAAAAAAAAAAUCUGUACCAGUUGUUUAUAAUAUUUUAAAUGGAUUCCAUUUGUACUAUUUAAAUAAUAAAAAAAAUAAUUUUUUUUCUAUUGAAAAUUAUGCUCUAUACUUGAUCAAAACCAAUAUUCAGAUGGCUUGCCAGUAAUAAACCAAGCCAUGCAUAAAAAUCCAAAACCAUGUAAAUUCUGCAUUAGUUAGACAUGUACCAGACGCAGAGAAGUGCCGGUGCUUACAUUGCCCAGCGAGACUACUCUCCUGUCAGCAAUUGGGCACAUCUCAAUAACAACAAGACAUAACACUUUGAAACCUCUCAUUCAGACAAGACAAAACUGAUCAUUGCUUACUAUAAUACACAAACAUGGAAAAAGCAGUAUCUAAUGCAGUCUACCCCUAGCAUAUUCUAAUAGGAGAAAUACCAUUUUUUUAAAUCUUAAAUUGUGUUGUACUGUGAUAAAAUUUAAGAGACCCACGCUUCUGUAGAGGUCAAACUUUACAAGACAUGUCAUGGAACAUAUUGUUGUGACCACAGACGAACAAUGUGAGGUGAAAAAAUAAUUUUAUGGCCGCCUUAUAUUAUCUUGUCAAAGAAUUGGGGGAAAAAAAAUUGAGUAAUGAAUACUUAUGCUAAACCCAUGUUAGCUCUACAAUAUGCAACUUUAACUUCUUUGAUCCUUUGGUUUCUUGUGAUCACAAUCAUUCACAACAUGUCACAUUCUGGUUUCAUCACUACCAACAUUCUUAUGCAGGCGUUGGGUUCCUUAUUACGUUAACAUUUUACAUUUAUAGGGAUACUUACUUUGUUCGUUAUUAAACAUUCAUGUAUUUGUUUUGCCUAUCAUGGGCUUUUAGAGGAGACAUAUAAGCUUUUUAUAAUGCUUCAAACAAAUUUUGUAUACCUUUUGUACCGUACCUUGUAUUGAGCUUUGAAACAGUCCCACACCAUCUAUUGCUUACAAAUAAUAACAUCUAAGGGUUUAUGGCUUAACUUGUUUAUCUCAGGAUGAACUUUCUAUAUGGCUCCGUUUUGCUUUCACCUGCACCACCAGUGUGAUUCAUGAUGUUUUUAAAUAUUAUCAAACAAAUGUAAUAUAAGUAACAUCGGUUCAAAAUACUACUUGUAGUUCACCUUCCCCAAUCAUAAAAAGCUUGGACUUUUUCCACUGAAUUUUAUGGUGGUUAUUUAUAGAGGAAUUUUUAUUAAAAAGUGUUUUUGCUGUGCAUUCUGCUAUGGGAUUUCUUUUUUUUAAAUUUAUUGAUUCCAAUCCAUUUUUUGCACUUAAUUUUGAAUUGUGAUAAUUUGUUGAUACCAUGUUUGAAGUCACAUGACUUGAUGUUCCAGAUCAUAAUAUUGUGCUCUUAUUUGUAAAUUUUUGAAAACAAAUAUUAACAGAAAUUAUUUUCAGAUGUCCUUUAUUUGUCAAAUUUUCUGAUAUAAAACUUACAAAUGCCUAAUUGCCAAUGACCUCAGAUUUUCAUGAAGGUCCUAAUCUAACGCCUUACAGAAUCAACCGUUUUACUUACAACAACAAGUUUGACAAAUUUUUUAAUUGCUCUUCAAUCAUUUUUUUAUAACAGCCUUUGAAAAACAUAUUUCAGUUUUUAAUAUAUAAUUUCUUUUGCAAUGGUUUUUUGAAAUGUCUUUUCUCCUAUAUAUAAUGUGUAAUAGCAAUCUGAGGAAACCAAGUACAGACUAAAGAGUUUUGUUUGGGAACUGCUUAGUAAGGGUUUAUUGAGUAGGUCCCAUCAUAAGCAAAAUAAUUUUGGAAACAUAAUUUUUAUAGCCAAUCAAAUGAUAACUUCAACUUUGAUCUGAACUCGUCCAAUAUGAAGUUGUUGUUUCUUAAUAGAUGUUCUUUAUUUUUUUAAAAUUAACAAUUGAGAGAGCAUGGAGAGUAAUGUUUAGUUUUCCAAUUUGUGUAAUAAAUAAUGAUGGCAAUUUAUAGAGGAGCAGACCUGUUUACCCUCAAACUCUUAAAAUCGUACAAUAUCAUGACAAAAUCAUUAUUACAUUAUCUUAAGAGUAAACAAAUAAACAUAAAGUAUUGAUAAUGUAUAGACCUCAAAAUCGUACAUUGUACGUCAAAAUCGUAAGAGCGAACAGGUCUGGAGGAGCAAUGCUCCUUGAGCAUCACAUUUGUGUUACUGAUAAAAUAUAUCGCAAUUCUACUUAAAAUGCAUUGUUAAGAAUUAACAUACUUAAAAUGACAAAAGAUUGAGAAAGUCAAAGGGAUUACAUUUUGAUGCUAUAAACUUACUUUCAAAUUUUACAAAAUAUAAUAAAUGUUCUGCUGUAAAUGUAUUUUUUUUUUCAAAUAUUUUUUGGGGGCACUAUUAAAAAAAUAUUUGAAAGAAAUGUCUGAAAUUAUGACCCCCUCAUUAUAACAGUUAUCUUGGGUCUUCAUGAGUUCGAGGCCUUUUUUUGUUCUAAAUAUCCUUACUAGAAGAUUGGGCACUCAUAAAAAUGAGACCUUAUUUGACAAAGUGACCUAAUGGUGGGGGAAUGGCCCAAAAUAACACCUUUGGUGGGAGUUGUAUAAAUAUUAAUAUAAAUCCUGGGAUGUGAGAGUGGUCUCAGCAUAACACCUGGGGUGGGAGAGGGGCUAAAACAUAGAACCUGAGAUGGGGAAUGGUCUAAAUAUAACACCGGGGUUGAAAGUUGGGAAAGUGGGCUAAAUAUAACACUGACACUGUUUGGAGAGGGGUCUAAAUAUAACACAGGGGUUGGGAAAGUGGCGUGGCUAUUAAUUUUGUUAUAUUCCUUUUUUUAUGUUUAUAUUUGGACAAUUUAUUUGUUCCUUAAUUUAAAGCUGCAUUUUGUGGCUAAACAUUUUUGAUGAUUUACUGUAAUUUAGGCUUUUUUAAACUGAGUUUCUCUCAUAAAAAUAUGGAGCUGUUUUCCAGUCACUUUAUCUUAUAUCCAUACCAUUUUGUCAUUCCCUUCGUUUCCAAAUUUAUGUGUCACAGAGACUAAACAAUUGGAUAUUUUUAUAUGCAUUAGUUAGUAAGUCUUAGUAAUUGGCUGAUUACAAGCUUAUUUAUAACCUGAUGCUCAAGGAAAUAAAAUGUUAACUUUAUCAUGUGGUUGGCAAGGAGGGUCGGGAUGAAGGUCAAGGAGAACUGAGCUUUAUCAUGUGGUUGGCAAGAUGGGUCGGAAUGAGCGUCAAGGAGAACGGAGCUUUAUCAUGUGGUUGGCAAGGUUCACCGAGUACUGGGAUUGUAAACAAUAAGAAAACUUUGAAAUAAUUUCUCAGUACUUGGCACCAAUAUCCACUAGCCAGUUAUCAUGGUCAGUGGAUGUUGGGUGUGUGGAACCAAAGAUUAUUUUAGAAAAUGUUUUACAUCUUCAACCACUACAUUGUGUUUGGGUAAAAAAAAAGAUAUUUAACUUAACUUCUUGGUUUUCUCAGAUAGCUACACAUAUUUGAUUGUUGGACAUUUUUUGUUAUUGUUAUGCAAUUUUAUUAAUGAUUGCACUGACUUAAAUAUUAUAGUUUUGAUUAGUUCAUAUAUAUCAAACCAAGGUACCUAAUACACUUACCAGAAUUAGCUUAAUAUGUUGACAUAACGUACAGUGCCUUCGUGAGAUUUCUAUGUAAAAUAUUGCUGGUGGAUGCUGACAAUUCAUGGUGGCAAUAUUAAAAAUUCUCAUUGCUAACAUUGAGUGAUAGCUGAUGUCGGGUGUUGGCUGACACAGGAUGUUAGAUCACAUCAGGUGUUGGCUCACAUCAGUUGUUAGCCCACAUCAGGUUUAGACUUACUUAAGAUCUUGGCCCAAUCAAUGUUUUGGCCCACAUCAGUUGUUAGCCUCAGCAUAAUUUCUUGAACUUUUUGAAAUACUUUAUUUAUCAACUCUUGUCUUUUUUUUAUUUUACAAAUUGUUGGACUAUUUCUAUAUUUAAAUACUUUAGAAAUCAAAUCAUUGAUAUAUAUCAACCCUGCUCAUGUAUGUACACAUUACUAAUGUAUUUUUGUUCUUUCUAAAAGGCAUGUGCAAAAUUAACAUUAAAAUAUUUUGUUUCACACUAAAGAUUCUUUAAACAUACUUAAUUGAGAAUUUAAACAUUUUUAACAGAAUAUAAUUAAAAAUCUAUAAUAGUUGAAAUAAAUUUGUUCCCCUGAGUCAGUAUCAUAUUCAACUUGUUCAGUGGGACUGACCAGCAGCAAUUUAUCCAGUGCUUUAUUAAUUAUUGAGGUUUUCUCUCAAUCUCACCCUGUGCUGACCAGUGACUGAGGACUUGCAGAUGAGUGACUGAGGACUUGCAGAUGAAUGACUGAGGACUUAUUGACCAGUGACUGAAGACUUGAAGAUAAGUGAUGGAGGACCUAUUGACAAAUGACAGAAGACUUAUUAACCAGUAACUGAGGACUUGUGGACCAGUGCUAGUCUAUGAACAAUCACUUUUAGGAAGCACUGUUCUUUCUUUUCUUGUUAACGAAUCCCACAUUAAAUGUGGCACAUACACAAAUAGAGCAAAGAGGAAGUUUUUGAUGCUAAGUGGUUCUUGUGUGUUCAUUGCUGUAUGUAGGUUAUAUGCUACAUUCCACACUUGUGUUUAGUUUAUGGGCUGUGCCCAGUUCAGGUUAUUGUACAACAUUAUGGGUACGUUUUAGGGCUGUGAACAUAGCUUUUUUUUUAAAUGUCAAGACAUUCGAGAUACAAUAACUGAGAAUAGUUUAGUGUAAUGGAACUGUGUUAUACCUAACAAAUUAUUCAAUUGACCCUUAUUUUCUAAUGUUUGAUUUCAGUGUAUGAUUAUUGUUAACUAAUCAUUUCCUUUAAGGCUACCAAAAUAUCUUGGAUUUGUUUUUUAAUUUACAAAACUUUUCCAAAACUUAAACAUCUAAAUCCUAAUGUUGAACUUUAUUCAAUCAGAUUAUACAUAGAAAUCAUAUGACAAUGAAUUUUCAUAAUAUCUUUCAAAGAAAGAAUUAAGUUAUAUGGCCAUUUUAGCAUCCAAUUAUAAUUUAUACUAAUCUGUUAAAUUAAUUUUUUUUAAAUUUAAAUUAAAAUGUAUUAAUCAAAAUUUGUUUUUGUAUUAACUUUGUACGUUUUAAAAAAGUUUUGUACAUUGAUUUUAAAAAGGUAUGUGCAUUUAAAGUAAAAUAUGAUGUAAUAAAGAUCAUCAAUUUGUAUGUAGACUAAAAAUCCAUCUUGUCAGCAGCUUCUUUGCGCCUUCUCUUACUUGUUUUGAUCCUGUCACACAGCCAGAAUACGGCUCUGUAGCUCAAUUAUUGUGACAAAACAUUUCUGGAAUUUUUAAAAAAUUUCUUAAAUAAUUUAACAGACACAUAACACGGACACAGAAAUUAUCUGAUGUAUAUAAAUUGCAGUGAGUACAUUACACACGCUUUAGCUCAUGAUGUGCACAUUGUAAUCUCUUUCACGCUGACAGUAGGCCAACACACACACAUAACACUUUAUAAUAAAUUGAUGUUUUCUGUUUGGUGCUUUCCACUGCUAAUUUAGGUACAAUUUUUAUUUAGUUGUGUGUACGGUAGACAGUUCUCUUAUUUCUGAUUUAUAAUUGACGGGUUCCCCCCAUUACUGUUAACGUUUCAAGAUUUAUUGUGGUGUUCAUUAUUUAAUGUGAUCACUUUAUUUCAAACUUCAUCCCAGUUUCUUGCAUGGAAAAAUUUGAUUUUUAACAAAUUUAGCAGGGUUUUUGUUUCUUUUAGUAAUGGUGUCCAUAGAGGUGAAGCUUUGGACCUGAUUGUGUUUUCCUGGCCUUGGGAACCAUUGAUUUGUUGACUCAUGAUUUUUGUUUUGUUUUUGUUCUUAGACUAAGGUGUGUUGAUGCUUACUUUUCACAAUCAUAAAUUAAGUGUUCUUAUUGUGGCCUGCGUUAAAUUUAAUACGAAUGUACAAAAAUUCACAAUAAAUUAAAUCAAGUAUGCUAAAUAAACAGGACUGACUUAAAUGGUUGUGUUUUUAUUAUCCAUCUAUACAUAUCCUUCCAGACCUUGUUCAAUUCAUUUUCAUU